AUGGCCCAUACCCGCCCGUUUACACCCAGAGUCAUCUGUAGUGAUCCAACAUCACCGCCACCACAUUCUAAUCACUUCUCUCAGCCAAGCUCUGUUCCUUACUAUCCUAUUGCCGGCAGAUUGUCUUGGUCCCAUGCUGGAGGUGGUCGCUGGGAACUCCAUUGCAACGCCAAGGGAGCUCACUUCUACCAAGCCUUUUGUCACUCUACUUUGGAUGAUCUUGCUGACUUUGUUCCUUCUCAAAUCGUUCAACAACUGAUACCGCCUAUUGAUUAUGGCUGUCCCAUCGCACAAGUUCCUCUACUGGCGGUGCAGCUCACCAGAUUUUCAUGCGGUGGCCUCACCGUUGGAGUGGCCAUGUGUCGCGCAGUGAUUGACGGAACCGCCGCCAUGCGGUUUGUCAGUUCACGGGCCAAAUUAGCCAGAGGAGAGGUUCUAGAUUCAAUGGAAAUGCCAUUCCACGAUCGAACAGAGCUAGAUUCACGCAAACUGAACACGGAGCCUCGUUUUGAGCAUUCCAAGUUUCACCCACCCCCACUUUCAGCAGGUAGUUUAGGAGGAUCAGAAGGCGAAACCAAGACAUUCAUUGCCAUUUUGAAGCCCACGAGAUACCAAGUCAACAAAGUCAAGAAGAAAGUCGACGCCUUUGCUUCCCGUUAUAAACGGCCAUGCAGUAGUUUCGAGGUGAUCUCAGGGCACGUAUGGAGGUGCGUCAGCAAGGCACGCUAUGCCGGUGGCGGCGACGACCAUCCAACGAGGUUGUCGACGCUGGCUAACUGUAGAAACCUUCUGAAACCGGCACUCCCUAGUAACUGUGCAGGGAAUGCAGCUUUUCCAACUGUCACACCGACCUGUUCCUUUAACGCCCUCAUGCACAAGCCUCUGAGUUAUGCUGUAGAGAAAGUAAGGGAAGCACUAGAGGGGCUAACAGACGAGUAUGUGAGAUCUGCUCUUGGGUACAUCGAGAGGGAGAAAGAGAUGAAGGUGGUGAGGUACAAUUUUCACUAUCCUGUGAAGAGUGUAUUGGAAAAGGGAGAAUUUAGGGGGAACUCGAAUCUGUUUGUGGUUAGGUGGAUGAAUUUUUCAUAUCGUGAGGCUGAUUUUGGGUGGGGAAAACCAGUUUAUUUUGGUCCGGCUUCAUUGAGUCCGAAGGCAAAGGCUUUCGUUCUCAACAAUGCUGAUGGAGAUGGCGUCAUUGUAGCCAUUCGUUUGCAGGCACUCCAAAUGGACCCUUUCAAGAGAUUGUUUUUCGAGGAUAUUGAGGAUGACUUUCCCAUCUCUAAGUUAUAAAAUCUCUUCCCUGCGUUUUACUAGACGUUGGUUAUUCAACCAACUGAUAUUGAUUUUUUUUAAAAGCUUAGUCACGUAGUAUUUUUAUUUGAAUAAAACGGAAGGGUCGUGAACUCAUGAUGUUUUUUGUUGCUUAAUUACUGUCAUAUUAAUUGUUUGUGACGUUCAAGAUGCAAAUCAAGAAUAAGAAAUUAGAAUUAAGA